AUGCCACUUGGAGCGACACCUGAACGAGUUAUUGAGAUUUUACCAUUACUUGCUGGUUUCACCGAACGUCAGUGGGCUUAUCCGAGAGUUGAAGAUUUGGAAAUGAUCGACAAUAUUUUGGAUCUUAACAAAAUGACAGUGGAAGAAGCGAUUGAUGCAUUGGGGACUGUUUGCGCAGAUUUUCUUCUUGUUUGCUAUUUUAAUGGAGAAAAUUUUCCAUGUUUUCAGAAUCAUAAGUUCAUGACAUUUGUUGAAUCUUACACAUAUCUUGGUGCUUGUUGUUCUUUCAAUUACAAUCCUAAAGCUAAUGAUCAAGAUGAACAUUUUAUUUCAAACUUUUUCGGAAUCAAUGGAGGAUUGAAUGUCAUUGGAACUGGUCGUCCGCAAUUGAGUGAUGGCAAAUCAGGUGCAGUUUACUCUGAAGGUUUUGUGGUUUUAGUUCAUCAUCCCAAUGAUUUCCCUGUCGAGUCAUCACCGACAACGUAUAUUCAAAUCAACAAAGAAACUUUCAUUGAUGUUCAACCAAUUGAGUCAUCAUGUUCAAAUCAAGUUCUUAAUUUGGAUUUUGAACAAAGGAAAUGCAUCAUUCCGUCAGAUUUAAAUGUUAAAAGUUAUCGGCAACCCGAAUGCAUGUUGGGUUGCUUACGAGAUGAGAUUCAUAAGCGAUGCCAUUGUCAUCCAUUUCACCUACCAAAAAGUGACAAUACAACAACAGAUUAUCGAGAUUGCAAAGCUAAAGACAUUAUGUGCUUUGUCGAGAAUUAUUUUUUGAAACAAAUAUGA